GGGGCACAGUGUUGGAGGGGGGCUGGCCCCAGUGUGGUGUCGUCUGACGGACAGGCCAGCGUUCUCGCUCCACUGGCCACUGCAAGGAGCGCUCUGAGAAAACCAGACGUGCCUUGGGGGCUUCGUGGUCAAUGGAAGUGGGGGCCCAGGCUGCGCUUAACAGGCCUGGGUCAUGCUGGGGCAGUGGCCAGGCCCACGUCUCCUCCCUGCAGUCGGCUCUGCACACGGCUGGGGGCAUCUGGGGCCCUGCGCCGGCCCGGGAAGGGGGACAAGCACGCUGACCAGAGGCGCUGUCUGAGCCCCGGGCGGACAAAGGCAUCGGGAUAAGCUGUGGCCCGUUUGCACAACAGGGCAGUCGGGAGAGGAAGGAAGGGGCCCGGGAGGCUCUCCCUGCCCCUGAAGGGAGGCGCUCUCACGUCCAUCAGCACCCCCUCACGCCGUGGGGACGUGGGUCAGGUGAAGCCAGCUGCUAGCCACAAUGAGGUGUUUCUGGUGCCCAGGCGAGUCUCCCAGGCCUCCUGGUGCAGGAAGCUGCAGGAAGGAAUGCGUUGCCCCUCACGCCCCGCCCACCUGGAGCUGGUCUCCAAGGCCUGGACGUCUACUUAGAUAACUGGCCAGGCUCCUCAGAAGGCGAAGCUACGGAGCACCUGGGAUAGGCCGCACAUUGAACCUAGGGGACCUGACAGGCCAGACACCCAGGACCCAAGGGACGCACGACCCGCCCUCCUGGCCAUGGGUGGUGCCGUGGUCGAUGAGGGCCCCACGGGCAUCAGGGCCCCUGACGGCGGCUGGGGCUGGGCCGUCCUCUUCGGCUGCUUCGUCAUCACGGGCUUCUCCUACGCCUUCCCCAAGGCGGUCAGCGUCUUCUUCAAGGAACUCAUGCGUGAGUUUGGUAUCGGCUACAGUGACACGGCUUGGAUCUCUUCCAUCCUGCUGGCCAUGUUGUAUGGGACAGGCCCACUCUGCAGUGUGUGCGUGAACCGCUUUGGCUGCCGGCCUGUCAUGCUCAUGGGUGGCCUCUUGGCGUCCCUGGGCAUGGUGGCCGCGUCCUUCUGCAGAAGCAUCAUCCAGCUCUACCUCACCACAGGGGUCAUCACCGGCUUGGGCUUGGCACUCAACUUCCAGCCGUCACUCAUCAUGCUCAACCGCUACUUUAACAAGAGGCGCCCCGUGGCCAACGGGCUGGCGGCCGCGGGCAGCCCUGUGUUCCUGUGUGCCUUGUCCCCACUGGGGCAGCUGCUGCAGGACCACUAUGGCUGGCGGGGCGGCUUCCUCAUCUUGGGGGGCCUUCUGCUCAACUGCUGCGUGUGCGCCGCGCUCAUGAGGCCCUUGGAGGCGCCGGUGCCCGGGUCGGGGCCCGUGCCCCAGCGGCCGUCCCGGCGGCUGCUGGACCUGAGCGUCUUCAGGGACCGUGGCUUCCUCAUCUACGCAGUGGCCGCCUCCAUCAUGGUGCUGGGGCUCUUUGUGCCUCCCGUGUUUGUGGUGAGCUACGCCAAGGACCUGGGUGUGCCCGACACGCAGGCUGCCUUCCUGCUCACCGUGCUGGGCUUCAUCGACAUCUUCGCCCGGCCCACUGCUGGCUUCAUCACGGGCCUUAAAAAGGUGCGGCCCUACUCUGUCUACCUCUUCAGCUUCUCCAUGUUCUUCAAUGGCUUCACGGACCUCACUGGGUCCACAGCCAGCGACUACGGAGGCCUGGUGGUCUUCUGCAUCUUCUUCGGCAUCUCCUACGGCAUGGUGGGGGCCCUGCAGUUUGAGGUACUCAUGGCGAUCGUGGGCACCCAGAAGUUCUCGAGUGCCAUCGGCCUUGUGCUGCUGCUGGAGGCCAUCGCCGUGCUCAUUGGGCCGCCAUCGGGAGGCAAGCUCUUGGAUGCGACGCACGUCUACCAGUACGUGUUUAUCCUGGCGGGGGCCGAGGUGCUGACCGCCUCCCUCGUGCUGGUGCUGGGCAACUUCUUGUGCAUUAGGAAGAGGCCCGAGGUGGUGGCAGCGGUGGCGGAGGAGGAGGAGCAGCGCCACAAGCCCCCUGCGGACGUGAGGGUGGACUCUCGGGAGGUAGAGCACUUCCUGAAAGCAGAGCCUGAGAAAAAUGGGGAAGUCAUUCACACCCCGGAGACGAGCGUCUGAGCCGAGGAGGCCAGUGUGGCUCACGGAACCGGACAGACACUUCCAAUGCUUGUGUUUAUUUCACAAACAGGACGAGCUGGGGCGGGGCCAUCCGUGUUUCUCUGGGGAGUCGGUGGGGUGGGAACCGUGUCAUUCCAAAGCAGGUCUGUGGUGAAGCCGUGCUGCGAGUUUACGAGCCGUCUGCACCAGGGACCCAGCCUGCUGACCCCAGAGCAGCCCGGUGCCCACCGCUGAGCUCAGGGACCUGGAAACCCACGCUUCAGAGACAACACGCCCGGAAUCAGGGGGGCUGGGGAGGGCCAGUGGAGCGGCACCGCCUCCCCACACGCUGACUGCACCCCGUCCUACCCAGUCUCCACUGCGGCGCCCCAGCCCACCCCUCACGGGGUGUAUAGGGCACAAAACUCCCUUCCUUCACCCCUGAAAUAAACCUGCGUGUGGGAGGAGCCA